CGCCGGGCUAAUGGGCGGCGCUAAUAACUGCAGUUAGUUCAUACUUUAUUUUCCUUAUUACAGUCUCCCCGCAGUCAGACGCGCAGUCUUGACAUUCCCAGGGCUCACCCAGACAUUGCCUAGUCAGUGAAAGGAGAGGGGCUGGAUGCCAGGUGAUAUUAAAGAGAGCGGAUGACGAGAAGGUGCUUUCGAUGCCCAUGGAAAUGUCUGCACAGAUAUCUCCUGAGCUGAAUCACCUGGAAAUAAACUGACUGCUUUGAAUCGAUGAUUUGUUUGGAGCGCAGGAUGAGUCUGAAACCUUCGCUCCGGAGUUUCCUAAUUCUGGAGACGAUCGGUGUGGUUUACUUGUUGCUUACCCCUGCACGCUGUGUGCCCACGGUCCACAAACCCCACACAGCACUCAAGAGCAACGACCAACUUAAAGAAACCGUGGCAUUCUUGGAAAAGUAUGGCUAUCUUAAAGCUGGGCCCCUCGAUGGACUGAACUCUGCACAAGUUAAGGAAGCAGUGAGGGAGUUCCAGUGGAUUUCCCAUCUGCCGGUCAGUGGAGUCCUGGACAAGCAGACAGUCCACCAGAUGGCCGUGCCGCGCUGCGGAGUGCAGGACGUCGGGAGCCACGGGAGCUGGGGGGGGCGAGUGGAGGCCCUCUUCCUCGGCCGAGCCGGGGAUUCCCGGCGGGUGAAGCGCUACUCACAGCAAGGAGAGAAGUGGUACAAGCACGACCUGACGUACAGGAUUAUAAACUGGCCCAGGUACCUGGAGCAACACCGAGUGCGGUUGGCGGUGAAAACGGCCUUUGAGCUGUGGAGCAAUGCGUCGCCAUUGGUCUUCCGGGAAGUGAUGGAUGGCCCCGCUGACAUCCGACUUGCCUUCUACCAGGGCGAGCACAAUGAUGGGAUCGGCAACGCUUUUGAUGGACCAGGUGGAGCCUUGGCGCAUGCUUUCUUCCCCCGAAGAGGAGAAGCCCAUUUUGACAAUGAUGAGAGAUGGUCCCUUAAUCAGGGCAAAGGCAGGAAUCUGUUCAUUGUCACAGCACAUGAAAUUGGACAUACACUGGGCCUGGAGCACUCUCCCGUCAAAAACGCAUUGAUGUCUCCGUUUUAUAAAAAGUUAGGCCGGGACUUUAUCCUAAACUGGGAUGACAAGAUGGCCGUUCAGAAACUAUAUGGGAGGCCGCUCCACCAGUCGGGAAUGCAGCUGCUGGCGGACCUGCUGACUUCCUUCCAGAACCCUGCGGAGCACACCAAGCUCGGGGACCCUCCUCAUGGCCGUCUGCAGCCCUCCUACUGCCGGACCCACUUCGACACCCUGACCAAGGAUCUAAAACAAAUGAUCUACAUAUUCCGGGGUGCUGACUACUGGAAGCUCUCGAGGGACGGCACCAUCAGGGGACCGCUGUCACUGCAGAAGAGCUGGCCCCAGCUCCCGGCUGCUGUCGAGGCAGCCGCAGUGUCGGAGAAGGAAGGGAAGUUCUACUUUUUCAGAGGAGGCCGUUGCUGGAGAUACACAGGCAGCCAGCUGGACAUCGGUUACCCCAUGAAGGUUAAGAAGAUGGGGCUCCCUCGCCACCCGGACGCUGCCUUCUACUUCCCCCCGCUGGGUCACCUAGUGAUUUUCAAAGGGUCCAAGUACUUUGUCCUGAACGAGGAAACGAUGCAGGUGGAGCAGUAUUACCCGCGCACCCUCAGUGACUGGAAAGGGAUCCCUGUCGGUAUCAAUGGGGUCGUCAGCUGGAACGCCAAGCAGACGUAUUUCUUCAAAGACGAGACUUUCUGGCGGUUUGACAACAGCAGACUGAAGGUGCUGGGCCAGGGCAGGUGGGCGCAGGAACUGGGCUGGACCGGCUGCCGGCUUAGCAACGAAACAAACUCUGCACGGCCACAGACGUGACCCACGGCGUCCAGCCCCCGAACUACCAGAUUAAAGUGCAAUUCCCCAACAAUCCCCGCCUCAGUCUGCGGAAAUAACGGGAGCAAAUUAAUUGUACCGAGAGAGCCCAGUGUACCCGAGCAAACACAGAGGGUGCACAGUCCACCGCACACUGGGGUAUAUAGUAGAAUACAAGCAGGGAGAGGGUAUAUAGUACAACACACGCGGGGAGAGGGUAUAUAGUACACACACAGGUUGAGGGUCCACAGUACAAUGCACACAGGGUGGGACUGGGGCUGCACAGUAUUCCAGUUACAGUGAGAGUGUACACAGUACUACACACACAAAGAUGGGGUACAUAGCACAAUACACAGGAUGCGAGUACAUGUACUCCACACACAGGGAGAGGGUACACAGUACAUUGCACACACAAAGAUAGGGUACAUAAUACAAUACUCAUAGAGAGAGGGGGCCACGCAGUACUCCACACAGUGGGUUUGGUUGGUUAGUUUAUUAUUAUUAUUGUCAUGUGUACUGAGAUACAAUGAAAAACUGCUUUGCAUGA